AAAACGCCCGGCCGGCCGAGCCCGCAGCAAACACAUCCAUAGAAGGCAGUCGGGGAGCUCGCCCGGCCCCGCGCCCCCCGCCCGCUUUCUUCUCGCCCGGCACCCCGCAGCCCCCCGCGCCCGGCCCCGGCCGCUCCCCCGGGACAAAGCGCACGGAAAGUUUGCGCGGCGAGUGGGGCAGGAGAGGAGGCUGCGCCCGCGCGGAGGGGCCCGCCUCGCCCCCGGCCCGCCGCCCCGAGGAGCCCGGACACCGGCGGCGGCGCCCCGCCCGCGCCCAGCCCCCGGCCCGCCAUGGGCGCCGCUGCCCGCAGCCUGCGGCUGGCGCUCGGCCUCCUGCUGCUGGGGGCGCUGCUCCGCCCGGCCGACGCCUGCAGCUGCUCCCCGGUGCACCCGCAACAGGCGUUCUGCAAUGCAGACGUAGUGAUUAGGGCCAAAGCGGUCAGUGAGAAGGAGGUGGACUCUGGAAAUGACAUUUAUGGCAACCCUAUCAAGAGGAUUCAGUAUGAGAUCAAGCAGAUAAAGAUGUUCAAAGGACCUGACAAGGAUAUAGAGUUUAUCUACACGGCCCCCUCUUCGGCAGUGUGUGGGGUGUCGCUGGACGUUGGAGGAAAGAAGGAAUAUCUCAUCGCAGGAAAGGCCGAGGGAGAUGGCAAGAUGCACAUCACCCUCUGUGACUUCAUCGUGCCCUGGGACACCCUGAGCACCACCCAGAAGAAGAGCCUGAACCACAGGUACCAGAUGGGCUGUGAGUGCAAGAUCACACGCUGCCCCAUGAUCCCAUGCUACAUCUCCGCCCCGGAUGAGUGCCUCUGGAUGGACUGGGUCACGGAGAAGAACAUCAACGGUCACCAGGCCAAGUUCUUCGCCUGCAUCAAGAGAAGCGACGGCUCCUGCGCGUGGUACCGUGGAGCGGCGCCCCCCAAGCAGGAAUUUCUCGACAUUGAGGACCCGUAAGCAGGCUGACAGCACCCUGUGGCCAAUCGAAAAGCCUCCAAGGGUUGAGACUGGUCCAGCUCUGACAUCCCUUCCUGGAAACAGCAUGAAUAAAACAGUCGUCCAAGUGGGUCCAAAUUAGUGUGAUUCUGCACCCACCCCCCCAACCCCCCCAUUUUCCUUUCAAACAUGGUUGUGGGUCUGGAGGGAGAGGUGGGCGCAGGGUCCUCAUGCCGUGUUCCCUUUGCCAGCCUGGGCACUGUGUGUCUCGGUCUUCAAUCCUUGGUGUGGGCAGGGGUAGGACACUCAGACUUUGCUCCCAGGUUACAAAUGCUGAGCAGGCACAACUUUGGGGUCUUCCUGGCCUGGCUUGGGCAGAGCCUGGAAAUGUACAUUUUGCAGAAACUUUCGAGGGUCGUUGCAAGACUGUGUAGCAGGCCUACCAGGUCCCUUUCAUCGUGAGAGGGGCAUGUCCCUUGUUUUCUGCAGCUGCCAUACCUUUGGCCCAAGGUUGGCAAUCCCUGCCCCUUACAGGUGCCCCCCACCUCCCCUGUGCCCACCAUGGACUCCCAGCACCUGUGACUCCCCACGUCCUGGACUGGCCCUGGAACUAUGGCGUCUUAUAGGAGCCCCAAUUAAUCCUGUUAAUCUACAGAAUUCCAGUGGGAGCUUCCUUCCAGGGCCAUGCAGAUGUGGGAGUGAGAAACCACGUUCAGCCCAGCCAAGUCAUUUCAGUCCCGUUCCCUCCCCCCAACCCCGGCCCCACAUUUCCCACGCCCUGGUGGGAAUCUGCUGUCCCGAGGGCAGGUGGCUGGGGUGUUUGCUGCCCUUCAAGUUCAUUUCGAGCUUCCGCCGCUGUUCCUGCUUCCUUCCAUUCUGCAUCAGGCCUCCAGACUGAGUUGCACGGCUUGGCGUUACCUAGGUUGUGUGCAGCCAGCGGCAGGGACUGGCUUUGCACCCUGGUUGCACAUCCUGAGAACAUAAAAAGCUGGGUCCUGUUGUGCCCUGACAGGUUUAGUGUAAUCUCCCUCAAAGACUGACAACCACUGUUCUGCACAUGGAUUUCUGCAAGUGAAGUUAGCUAAAGCAUAUUAAGAAGCCCAAACUAGGAAGGGAACAAUUUUGGAGGUAGGUAAAUUGGUGACACUUCUUUCUGGGCCUCCAGGACAUUGUGGCCUUCUUUAAGAGACAUCUCGUUUUUCUAAAGAUGACUUCUCAGAUAACAUGUGAACCUGAGGGGCAGGUAUACCAACCUCUGCUUAUAUUUCUUAUAUUACAAAUACUACCCAGUUAAGAAGCUUCAUAGGGAACCUAUUUGUUCCCUAAAAAUGAUUUUCUGAUGCCAGCAUAAUGGGGGUUGAUAGGCAGAACUUUUUCAAUAACAGUAAUAUCUUUUUUCUUCCUACCUGUGUUGUAAAGAUGAACUUGUCCCAAGGACGUACAUGCACAUUACGCAAACAUACACAUCCAUGCACGCGCACGCACACACACACACAAUGAGACUGAAGUCUGGCAGCCUGCAAGUGAUCCAUCUGCAAAAUGCUUCCAAAGUCACCAUCUUCUAAGCCUGUUCUAUUCUGCAGUGACCCCAAAGCUACUGUGAGACUCCUGACCCCCGAGUGGCAUGCAGCCCCCAUGCCCGCCUGGGACCUGGUUAGCAGAGACCUUCAUGACCUCCCUUUCUAGAGCAGACUGGGGGAAUAUCCAAGAAUCGGCCCCUGCCCCAAGGGCGUUUUCAUGCUGUAGAGUGACAUAAAGUUGGUAAGAUGUCAUAAUGGACCAGUCCAUGUGAUUUCAGUAUAUACCACCACCAGACCCCUCCAAUCAAUAUAACACCCCAACCCCGUUUGCUUCCUGUAUGGUGAUACCAUAUGUAACAUUUAUUCCUGUUUCUGCUGAUUUUUAAAAUGUCUCGGUUUGUUUUCAACAUCCGCUGUAAUCAUUCCUGUGCUGUGUUAUUACCCUUGGUAGGUGUUAGACUUGCACUUUUAAAAAAGUUUUCUGCAUCAUGGAAGCGUGUGGCCCAGUGUGGAAAGUGUCGUGGAAGCUAGCCUGUGACGGUGGAUCCCUCAGAUCUUUUCUUCCGUUCUUUGAGUACAUUUGCUUUUUCUGUCUCUAAUUUUUCGUUCUCUGGUUCAAGUGAUUACAAAGUAAAGGAUCUGUGAGUAGGCUGGUUCUAAAAGAUGGCCUUUAUAUUCGAUCCAUGCACACUGGUUUCUCAUCAUGCUGAGCAGACAACAGCAAACAGAUCAAGAUGAAGUGCCCCGUGGCAGCCAAGAGACAAAGCCACUCAAAUGCCCUCACAGUGAAGAAUUGCAAUAUAUAUAUAGUUUAAGGAGGAUCUCCAUUUGGCAUUGUUUAAUUUAUGUGUUAUAUUCUAAGCACUGCUUUUCUUCCUCUAUUCAUCAUGCAAGCAACUCAAAAUAUUUAAAGUUUACAUUGUAGUUAUUUUCAGAUCUUUGCUUGAUAAGUAUUAAGAAAUAUCGGACUUGCCGCCAUAAUUUAAAGCUUUGUUGAUUUUGUUUUUGUUUGGAUUUGGGGGGGGAGGGGGGAGCCAUGUAGAAUACGAAGUCUGAGACCUUCCUGUGCUGGGAACACGUGAAAGGCGUUGAUAGUCGACAAGCAGACUGCGCAUGUCUCUGAUGCUUUUGUAUCAUUCUCGAGUGAUCGCUCGGGCAAUGGACAAUAAACAGUAUUAUCAAAGACAA